AUGAGUGCAUUGAAGCCAUUGCUGUCGAUGUCGUUGAGUGGCAUCCGAGACACGAGUGAACUGUUGCGGCCACUGGUGGCCAUCCAUCAGAUGAGUGUCCGUUGGAAGCCGUGUUACCCGCGGAUUAGAGGACCCCCUCGACCGCCACUGCCGGGCAAAAAGGUGCCGGAGCCUCACAAAUACAACUGGCUUCCCAUCUAUCCAUUGGACGGCAAGUACACGAUAUCGCCGCUCAAGAUACGAAAGCUCGCCGGAAGGGAUCCCGAGACGGGACGGGUGGUCGUCAAGACGUUGGGCGGAGGCAACAAAAAGUACUUCCGUUGGAUCGACUACAAGAAGACGCCCAAUGAGGACGGGUCCGUCGUAGAGGAGAAGGUGUUUAGCNAGAAGGUUCGUUGGAUUAUCGCAUCGGAAACGAUGCAAACGGGAGACAUAAUCCGCACGUUUUCGGCGAUACCCCGCAAUCCCGUGCGACCCAAAGAGGGCGACUCGCAUCCGGUGGGGGCCCUCCCUAUCGGCACUCGAGUGCACAACAUAGAGGUGGUGGCGGGAGAGGGCGGACGGUUCGUACGAUACGCCGGCGACUACGCGGAAGUGACGCGAAGAGUCGGCAAAAGAAACUAUCUUCACAUGAAUAAAGCGAAUAGAGAUGUCUGUAUAGACGAGAAGUGUAUGGUGACAGUGGGCCGGGUGUCCAACCCAUACCACCACACCCUCAAUAGGAUGUGUCCCCAAAAGAGCCGAUGGAUGGGCAAAAGGCCGCGCUCUGGCGCCUGGCAUCGGAAGGACGGCUAUUGUGGCCGCAAAAAUCGACCGCCGAAGCCGUUGGCUGACUGGGUGUCGGAGCUGCAGACGGCCCUACCUAAGGAGCCCGAGGUGUAUGUCAUUCAGCCCUUUAAUUAA